AGUAUAACAGGUGCGACAAGCAAGUUCGACUGCGCGCGAGCGCCAACCUUUAAAGAGGAACGCCUUGAGGCGUAAUCCAGCGCUUUGACGAGAGGGAAAGCCGCUGUCCGCAACAUACAUUUAACUUCUCCUCCGCAUAGCACACGUACACACUACUUAAAAACAUAUACAUACGAUCGAAAAUAGAAUCCCUUGUAAACACCGUGAAAGUAGGUAUCAACACAUCCUCCCAUAAUGAUCCAUAGAUCUUCCGCAUCUUCACAGGAGGACAAGGACGCAGGAGCGCCGUCCUCAUCAACCUCCUCGACUUCUUCCGCGUCUGUGCAGUCUGCUUCGCUCGAAGACAACGAAACGAAUUUGUUUGACCGGUACUCCUUUACGACGGCGUCACCGUGGUCCUCCUCGCCGGUGACCUUCAUGACCGAUUCUAAUGAAUCCACGCCCUCACCAUCACCACCGGGGCUUCCGCCGCCGGCGACGACGGCACAGGACUCUUUCACUCCUGAACAGAGAGCGGAGGAAGGGAUUCCAGCUUUAGUCGCCGUGAGGGAUGAGCUACAACCGGAAGACGUCUACAUACCUUGUGGAACGCAUGACGUUGCUUCUGCGCAGACGACUGCACAGGCGCCGUUGCUACUGUCUUUUCCCAGUUCCCUCUUCUCCUACACGUCGUCCUCUACGACUAGUGAUCCUGCGGUAGGAUCAAGACCAUCGGGUAGUGCCCCCUCUCCUCGACUGUCUCCUUUGUCUUCUCCUAUCACGAGCGACCCAGGAGACGGUUCAGCGCCAACGAUUGCUCUGUCUCCCUCCGACGCGGCGUCGCAAAGUCACAAUUUGCUGCCCUCUUCUUCUUCUACGCCAGAUUCCCCUUUGCUCGACCCCUCCGCUGCCACCAUAGCUGUUAACCCCAACAUGGCCACCACGGCGGUGACCGAGACUUCGCGGCGUGCAUGCUUCGGUGCGAGUCUGCCCACGGCUACCGUGGCACCACAUGAGGAUGCAGAGCUUCUCACCAGGCCGGACAGCGAUCCCGCAGAGUCGCAGACGCAGAAUGCACUGUCACCGAUCUCAAAUGUUGCGGAGCGCAAACAGGACGAAUCGUUGAAGCGCUUGCUGGAAGUUCCAGACGACCUCGUCACCGUGUCCACGUUGCCCACGUCGGUACUCGAUGUCCCGACCGCAUCUAGCUCGUCAGCGGCGCCGCGGGGCUCAGGAGCGUACUGCUCUUCCACUACGACAGCAGCCCACCUAUCGGGGCUGAAAGCGACGCUCAGUGACACGUACGGCUGCCCUUCCCUCUCGCAGUUGGCGUCCGGUUUGCUCUUCACCGAGACUGUCGACACGGCAGGACAGCUGUUGAUGCGGCCUCGUAUUAACGCCGCGGAGUUGGCGUGGACACCGAAGCCGCUGCUCAGCGCUCCGGCGAAGAGGAGGCCGAGGGGUAGGCUGGCACGCACACCAACGGAGACAGAGGCAGCCGAGACGUCCCCGACGGACCCUAAAAAGAAGCCUACAAAGACGGCUGAAACUCCCUCGGAAGCCUCGACCACUGCCACCACCUGCACCUCUCCCAAUCGCAAAAAAGCGGUCGCGAAGACGACGAAGAAGAGGAAGCGCAAGACAGGGUCGGAGAGCGCAGCGGAUUCGAAGUCAUCGGAGGGAGGAAUGGAUAAAAAAGAAGUGGUGGGGAAGGCGUCCGAUGAAAGCAGAAUGGAGACAUCGAAUUCCGCGUUGCUUCAAACAAGCAACGCGAAUAACGCUUGCAUCUCGUCACCGCCACUGGAGACGAGUUCCGCGCCAGCUUUGACGAGUGAGGAAGAUCGGACCAAAACAUGUGCGGCUCCUUCGCGCUCGACAUUGAUCGCUUCCGAGGUCGAGGAGCGUCAUGCAACGCUGACGGUGCAGGCGCCAGUUGGAGGCUUUGGAGAGUUUGAUAUGGAGGAUUGGUCCCCCUCUGAUCGCGUUUUUUCCAACGGCGGCAACGGAAACGUGAGCCCGCUGUCUCAGCUGUCGUUUUUGGUGUCGGAGGACGCAGCCGCGGCAGAGCAAGUCAAAGCGCCACCGCAAAGGAAACGAAACCGGAAGCCGAAAGGCCCGCGCGAAAAGAUACCCGAUGUGUCUGACUAUCUUCUGGAAGGCCGCGCGGGUUUGACUCAAGAUGCACCUGUGCAUCCUAUCUCCCCCAGUGCGGACGUGCUUAACGAGGAGCUGCUGGUUUCUACUAUCGACUCCGAGUUCCAGAUUGAGGACACCGCAGAUGAUGAGCUGCUCAUCGCCAAAGUGUGGCCGCGAGGAGCGAAAAUGGAGAAUGACGUCUCUCCCUUACCAGCAACCGCCCCUCCCCGAAAAAAGAAAAGGCAAAGACAUCAGCAGCCGGGCCAGAAAGCCCCACAAGAGACCGUCUCCCUCCGCAAAUCAAUAAACAGUCUUUUUUCCGACGAAGGUCCUGAUGCACUGCCGUGGUGGAAGGAUACACGUGCAGCUGCGGAGUUGAACAGCCCAUCCCAACGCCGUCCGUGUUUGUGGAUUGAGCUCUCCACGCGGUAUCACGAUACGCACGGCGCUCAGCUGCGCCAGCUGCUGGUGUAUUGGGGGUGCGUUCAUCAGCAGAAGUGCGAGCACCUAAAAUGGUCCGACAAAACUGGCUCUUCCGCUGCCGCUGCAGAUGCGCCAUCGUGUGUGCGGCCCACGAAGGCACCGAGUCGGCAUCGAAAACGGUCGCGUGCAAGCGAAGGGCGGAGCACUGACCGCACACAGCUGCCUUCUUCUCCUUCUCAGAGUGGUACUGGAAAAGGAGAUGGCGGCAUCGUAGUGUUUCUCUGCCCCCCAACAGUGUCUCUCGUGGACGCACUGCACUGGUGGACGCAGCGCGCGCACAUCGCGCACGGGUAUAUGCCUCCUCUCUUCGCCGUCUCCAUGACCGCAGAGAUGGCCAUUCCGCCAUCUGCUGCUGCUGCUGCUGCCGCUUCUAGCACCGCUGUGGCGGCGGCAGCGGACUUCUACGUAUCCGCAAAUAAUGUGGAUAGACUCCUGGCAAAAGCCGUGCUGCAUGCCUCGCUCGAUAUGCAACUGGACCCGGGUCGGAGUCUGGCCGUAUCGUGCAGCGCGGCCGGCAACACGGCCUUCGCUCAAAUCCUCUCACAAAACCAAAUCUACACUUCACUUCCUGCCUGCGCAGACGUGUUAGCCGAAAUGCUUCGUUUUCCAUCUACCGCUCAGCUUCUUGAAAGCGCUGCUGCAGCUGUGCCAAAGGAAGAGGUGGACGUAGGAAGUCUCGCGGCUGUCAUGGCCACCACAGUGUGUUCCUCCGACUCACUUUCUGAUCCGUGUAAUAGGGAGGUGGAAGAGUCGCGGCUGCCUGCUUCUCUGCAAGACAGAUAUUUUGAAGACCUUUGUAAGUGGAGCGGACUGGCUGCUCGACUGCGCGACAAGCCGCGACGACCACAACUGCUUCUCCACCGCGUAUGCGUGGACGUGCUGCCGGGUGCGCCAACGCAACUCGAAGAGGACACGGAGAGGAAGAGGUGGACCACCAUUUCCUCUGGCUCCCGUGUUUCCCCAGCAAGCAAGACCGCGCACUCGCUGCGAUGGCUAUGGCUCUCUUACGGUCUUGUCCGGCCUGCCACGCGUAACGAGGACACCUUCGUCAACGCCGCACGACGCGAGGCGCGACUGCUUGCCAGCCACGCACCGCCGGUGACGCUUAUGCCAAUCCACAUGUCCGCCCUCUCCCUGUUCGCCUCCCUGCUGUUUCGACGCGGCAAUUACGUCACGGCGGUAAAUGUGGUAGACGCACACGCCAGCACAUCGCAGCGGCGCUUAACGGACUACAUCUCCGGUUACAGCUGCGUCGUCACCGGCCCCAUGCGGUACGCCGUCUCUGCCACCGUGCGCCGCUACCUGCACGUGCGACUGAGCGUGAGCGUGGCGCCGCUUCUCGCGCUGUUCAGCGCUACGUCAACGUAUGGCGCUACCGCUGCAGCAGCAGACGACCGAAGGACUGCGCAGAAAGGCCACCUAAGGGCUAGAGCUGAAGUUACCACGACAACCGCAGCAACUGCAAGCCCUGCAACGUCACCAGAGGCGGCAGCGGUGCAGGCGGUGGUGCAUCUCGCACGCACCCAGUGGCGCCGUGUUGUUGGCUCCCUUUCCUGUACUUGCACGCCGGGCAUGUAUGAGCAGGUGUCGCACACCGAGGACGGGACCAAGGUGUGCCGACAUUUGGCAGAGCUCUUCUACUACUUCGUAACACAGCAGUUUCGCGUGCUGGCCGGUGGGCGGCGGGACUCUUUAUGGAUCUUUCAUGAGGCUGUUAGUGCUCCAGAGAGACGUUUGAAGCACGCGGUGAGGAGCGGCGCACCAUCAACACCAUCUCUUGCAAACGACCUUGCGGGUGGUAAGGGUGCUGUGAAGGACGGCGACAGUCGACCUGGUCCUCAAGCUACACCCGCCCAAUCAAGCGAUUUCUUGCAGCGAAUCAGGCGCAGAGGCGAGAAUGAAAGCAGUAAAGGUACCUUUACACAGGCGGCAGACACGCUGCUCAACAACGUGCCUUUGUCGGUGCUGUACAGUCUUUCGACGAGCACGUGGGCGAGCCGUGAAGACGACGACGAGGCGGACCCGCCCAGCAUCGGCGUGGGAGGGGAGGCGUUUCCUGCGGUGGCUUCUGAAGCCGGAUCCGCAAACGCGCCUGCUCCUUUCUCUGAGGCGUUGAACACCGCCUCUUUGCCAUUCAGAAAGAAGAAGCCGCAGUAUGCGUUGACAAGGGCACCUCUGCCAGGCUCAGAGGGCACGCCCGCACCACCGCCAUCUUCUGCUGCGGCUGCACAAGACUUUCACGCCGAAGCUCUCCAGUACGCGUUACAGUUUAUCUCCCAGCGUAGGCUGGCUGGUGAGACGGGAACGGCGCUGGAGGCCGUCCGUCUGAGUCCCAGUCCCGCAGCGCCUCCGACGCGAGUGGCCUCCACGACGGAGGCAACUUCUGCGACGCACUCCAGCGAACGAAUGCGAAGUCGCGAAGAGGAGGAUGAAGAGGCGCGGGCACUGCAGCUGGUGGAGCGGCUUCUGCGAAAUGCCUUACGCUGA